AUGAAUGAAACUAGUAAAGAAUAUGAUUCUCUCUAUGAUGGCAUGUAUGAUUAUGGUGUUAAUGAUGAAUUAAUAAAUAUUGUUAACAAUGAUAACUUAGUAAAUUUGAAUACACAAAAUAAAUCAGUAUAUCCAAGCUUAAAUCAAAAUAAAGACUCAAGUAAUGACCAAAUAAAAAUAUCCCCAAAAAAUGAAAAACAAGACGAACCUAAUUUAUUUACAGAUGGUUUAUCAUCGCACACUUUAAACGGCAUUGAUAUAUAUAAAAAUAAUAAAACAGUUGAAAAUAUUGAAAAAGAAGAAUUGGAUAUUAUUUGCAAAGAUGAAGCAUCAGCAGACAAAGGUUCUUUAUUAAUCUCAAAAGAUAGCAUAAAUUGUAAUCCUUGUAAUAGUGAUUAUACUAAUAAAAUUAUUGAAAACGAUAAUAAUAAUAAUAGCUCGAGCGAAUUAAAUAAGAUUAUUGAUAAUUCAAAUGAAAAAAAUUCAAUAAACAAUUCUGCCCAUAUAAAUGAUGACUCAAAUAUUAUAAAAAAUAAUCAUGAUAAAAUUAAGAAUAUAUAUGAGAAGGAAAUUAAUAAUGAUAUAAAAAGCAUUGAAGAAACCAAAGAUGAUAAACUAAAUGGUUUAUAUCAAAGUUCAAAAGAACUUGGAUCAUCACCCCAUGAGCUUGGUUUUAUAAUUGUAGAGAAUAAAUGUGAACAAAUAAAAAAAAACGAAGGAUUAUUAAGUAAAGAAUCUAAAAGUGGGUGCGAUACAGAGAAGAAAAAUAAAAAUGCAUAUGAACAAGAACAAAUUGAUAAAAACAGCAUAAAUAGUAAUAAACAAAAUGAAUGCAAUACAAACGAUAAUAAAAAUAGCUCAUGUCAAAAUAAUGAGAAAAAAGAAACUACGAAUAAUAAUUCUUCACAAGAAAAUGAUUGCAAUAGAAGUACAUUUGAAUGUAAUAUAUGUUUUGAUGAUGUAAGAGAUCCUGUUGUUACUAGAUGUGGCCAUUUAUUUUGUUGGUUUUGUCUUUCUGCAUGGAUUAAAAAAAAUAUUGAUUGUCCUGUCUGCAAAGCAGAAGUAACCAAAGAAAAUGUAAUACCUUUGUAUGGUAGAGGAAAAAAUAGUAGUGAUCAUAAAUAUUCAAAUAAUGAAGAACCCAGACCUACACCUAAAAUAAAAGAAAAUGUUCGAAGAAAUAACAACUAUUCUAAUAAUUUAGGAUUAAGAGCUUCUUUUGGUGUAUGGGCCAACCCCUUUUCUUUUGGAAUGUCUUAUACAAACAUGUCUGACCAAUCACAUUUUUAUGACAAUAUAAGACCACAAAUGGAUGCAUUUCAUUUUGAAGCUGCUUCUUCGUGUUUCUUUUUCUUAGGAUUUUUUUUGUCUUUGUACAUUUUGUUUUAUUCAUCUUAG